AUGAAAGAAGUGAGAAAAAGGGAGAGAGAAAAAAAAAACUUUCCACAAGGGACCCAGUUCCUAGUCUCUAGUAAACCCCCCCCCUUAGUCCCACUCCCACGGGCCGGACAGGGCGUGCCACCUGUGCUCACCAUAUCGGAGCUCUCCCUUUUUCUGAUUAUGUUUAUUAUGAACCGGAGGAAUACCGGCACCGUUAUGUGUUGAAUCGCUGGUACGGAACUGCAGCAUUCAGUUGCGUGCAAUCCACUCUUCUCACUCGUAAACGGCUAUCACCGCUCGUAGAGUACGAUAGCCCAAAAUGCUGCUCGAGUACCGGUGCCGUACCUCAGAGCACGAUCCGGUGCCCCAAAGCCCCGUCGUUUCAGAGUCAAGCACUGACUGAGCUUUCCUCCCCAUGCGCCGCAGAAGCGGGAAUAGCAGGCUCCACUUGGCCCCGUGAGCCGGGAAGACCGAGGGCCGUCAGUACCAAAUCGAAUUGAUGACCGAACGCUGGGAAGGGGGGAAAAAGGAAAAAUAAAACAAGAGGGAAUGAAUGGGGAGGGAAGAGGGAAAAGGGAAAGCAGAAGGGGGGCUUGUCGUUGCCGCUGAAGUGAACUUUGGUGUGGGAACUGGGGACGGCAAAUUCUGGGGCAGUGGGAGACCGGGGGUAUGGGCGCCACUAAGAGAACAGCAUUUGUGGAACUCGUGAUGAUAUACCGGUAUAUAUUGCAAGCACUCCACAUGUCGGUCGGUACGGUACGAUAUAUUACGGCAAUGAAGAUUGCUGUAAAUAAACAUGAUAAACGCUCGCGAGGCAAGUGCAGCAAGCAAGCGAGCGGGCGAGAAAAGAGGCAGAAUCAGAUAUCCAAACGAGUGGCAACCAUACCGGUGCACUACACCCUGUUCCCAGAAUUGGAGGGGAAAAAGAGACUGUGAAGAAGGGCGCACAGACACUUCCAAUUGACAGCGGAGAAAAUAAUCUCUUACCCCGAUGGAUAUGCAUAUUUUCGUCCAAGAACGAUAAACGAAGAAAACCAUCUUUGUGAAAUGAAGAAGGAAAAAAAAGGAUAACAGAGAACAAAAAAAAACCAUUUUAUCAACAGUUCUUACCCUAUCCCAUCAAGUUAACUUAUCGUUGAGAUAGUCUAUCCUAAAAUAAUUACCGGGUUUAAGUUUUGUGACC